AUGGGCUCCAUUCAGAACGAAGCCGACGGUAGGCAGGCGAAGACGGCCUCAAUCUAUCAUCCUCUUGGUCCCUUGACGGGUGACGAGUUUACGAAAUGCGCGGCAAUCUUGCAGGCUCUCUGGCCGGAGGAAACUACUUUGCGCUUCAAGUCGAUGCUUCUGCUCGAGCCUCCCAAGAAGGAUCUGAUAUCGUAUCUCGACGCCGAGAGAAGUGGCCAGACUCCCGCUCCACUGGACAGAGCUGUGUACGUUGCGUACUAUAUUCAGAGCACUGCCAAACUCCAUGAGGCUGACGUCAAUCUCACUGAUGACACGGUGCCACGGAACGUCCGCCUGGGAGAUGGCGUACAUGCUCCCAAUGAUCCAGAAGAGGUCUUCGCUAUCGAAAAAUUAGUCCUCCAGAAUCCAGAGGUUCAGAAAGCGUUGGCCAAGCUCGAGUUGCCGAAACAAACGCAGAUCGUGUGCGAUCCAUGGAUAUAUGGAUCGGACGGAGUCAACGAUGGUGACCUACGAGAUGAUAUCCGGCUGCUUCAGUGCUACCUCUACGCAAGAGAUCCAAACAACCCAGAAGAAGCCGACGGCUGUCAUUACGCUUUCCCGUUGCCUAUACCGCCUGUGAUGUCGCCAGUCGAUUUCAGUCUCCUUAGAAUCGACAUAUUGCCAACUGGCCUAGACCAUACCCCGAAACCACUGCAGUCUCUGAAACUUGGUCCACCCAACGAAUAUAUACCAGAGGCUCAAAAUCUGCGAACAGAUCUCAAACCACUGCAGGUGGUCCAGCCUGAGGGAGCAUCCUUUAAAGUCAAGAAGUUUUCCGACUUGGGCCGCACGAUCUUGUGGCAGAAGUGGGACUUCAAGAUCGGCUUCAAUGCACGAGAAGGCAUGGUCAUCUACGAUGUGCAUUACGACGAUAAGUCACUCUUUCAUCGGCUGAGUCUUUCAGACAUGGCUAUCCCAUAUGCAGAUCCGAGAGCACCAUAUCAUCGCAAGGCUGCGUUUGACUUGGGUGAUGUUGGAGCUGGCAUUGUUGCGAACGACCUGAAGCUGGGCUGUGACUGUCUCGGUUCCAUCUAUUACAUGUCUGAGUUGCUCAACGACACCAAAGGCAACCCAAGAGAGGUUCCAAACGCAAUAUGCAUCCAUGAGGUCGAUGACGGGAUUCUUUGGAAGCAUACCAACUACAGGACCAAGCGCGGUGUGCUCGUGCGGAACAGAGAGCUGGUCGUUCAAACGAUUCUGACCGUUGCCAACUACGAAUACGUGCUCGCAUGGAUCUUCAAUUUGAGCGGUGAUAUCACCUACGAAGUUCGUUGCACCGGUAUAUUGUCGACUCAACCACUGGACCCCGAGUUGACCCACGAGGAACAUCCCUACGGUGUUGUAGUACAUCCCGGUGUUUUGGCGGCCUACCAUCAGCACUUCUUCUCUCUCCGCAUUGAUCCACGAGUCGCAGGCAAUGGCAACGAAGUGGUCUACGACGAAGCCUAUGCUCUCCCUCGAGACAAGAUUGCCAACCCGAAUGGCACAGGCUACACAGUCAAAAGAAGUCAAGUCCCCAAAUCAGGCGGCUACGACCUGGACGAAACCAAAAACCGAGUCUACAAAAUCACCAACCCCAACAUCCGAAACGCCGUCAACAACUACCCCGUAGGCUACAAACUCCACAUCCCACCCAUGCAAUUCCUCCUCGCAGACCAAGACUCCUUCCACCGCAAACGCGCCGAGUUCACAGACCACAACCUCUACGUGACCAGAUACCGCGAAGACGAGCUCUUCGCCGUAGGCACAUUCACGAAUCAAAGCCGCGGCGGGACGGGCGUGCGCAGCUGGGCGGAUCGCAAUGAGGAACUGGAAGGCGAUCCGGUCGUCUGGGUCAAUUUUGGGAUUAAUCAUUUCCCAAGGGUGGAGGAUUUUCCUGUCAUGCCGAUGGAGAGGAUUACGGUUGUGUUGAGGCCGGCGAUCGAUGUUCCGCAGAGUGAGCAGGGGGUUAAUAAGAGUGUUUUGUUGAAGGAUGUUGAGGAUGAGGAGGGCUGUUGUCUGGCUGUGCGAUGA